GGAAGACCCAAGGUUGAAUGAAAGUGAGUGUGUGACCCGCACUCUGCCCACUCCUGCCUGAGUCAGUAGCAAGCUUUGCACUGGCAAGCGUGCACCUCAAACGAACCUCUCAACCUGUUUAGUGUCUUAGUCUGUAAUACUCGCAAAGUUUAUAAGGAUAUGAUGCGGUGGUCAGCGCUGACGGCGGUGCUGACGGUGGUGAUGGUGGUGACGCAGGUGGAGGCCACCUGGAAGUGGAAGGAGGAGCAAACUCCAGCUCCUGGCCCCGCCUCCGCCUCCUCUGUCGUCACUUCCUCCUCCUCCACCUCCACCUCCUUCUCCUCCUCCUCGUAUUCUUCUGUGGAUGAGGAUGGAUCGUACGUGUCACCAGUGUCUACAACCUCCCCAGGACCAGACACGGAUCCAGGGUCCUUAGAGGUGGCGUCCCCAGGACCAGACACGGAUCCACGGUCCUUAGAGGCAGCGCCCUCCGACACGGAAGCCAGGUUCAUUGGUCCUCUCAAGAAAAAAUUAUGCUCCGUUGGCCUAGGCUUUAAUAAAGAGGUUGUUUAUAAAGAAUGUAAAGAUGUAGCAAAGAAACUCCGCUCGCGACGCGAAUCUCCCGCUUCUACUAAGGAAGAAGUUAAAGAAGAGACGACACCCCGGUUUCUUAGUGGACUAUUAGGUGGUGCCUUCGGUAAUCCCUUAGGUGGUGCCAUAGGUGGUCCCUUAACUGGUAGUGGGUUGGACGGCUUCAAGGGGCCAGGCCUGGUUCCUUCUUUUGGGGUUAAUUUUGGUAGUUUACCCACUGGUGGUGGAUAUGGUCCCUACGGUGACAGCAAUCCCCUGGGCUUGGAUCUUGGCCCCGUCUCUAUCAAUCCUUUCGUCGGAUUUAAAAUUGCAAAAUUGGAUGGACGACCCAUCUUGAACCCAUCACUGGACCUGUUGGUAACACCUAAUGCUAAAGGAAUCGAGGCCAUUAAGGGUCUUAAGGAUAAGAUCAAAUAUGGUUUAGAUCCUCAUAAAGACGGUGGUUACUACCCCGGUGGUGGCUACUACCCUGGUGGUGGGUACUACCCCAGCGGUGGGUAUUAUCCUGGUGGCGGAUCUUACCUAGGCGCUGGCUACUACCCGAGUGGGGGGUAUUACCCUGGAGGAAGUUCGUAUCCUGGUGGGGGCUACUAUGCAGGUCAAUACGCCGGAAGCGGUUAUUAUCCAGCUACUGUAUAUGGAAAGAACGAAGCUUUUGGAGGAUACACCCCUCCUUAUGUACCUGCCAAGCCUUUAUACACGCCUCAGCCAGUGCUCAACUCUGGCUACCAGAAACCUUUGGGAACCGUCCACCAGCACCAACACACCCACUUCCACGACCAAGACGACUCCUUUUACAGUAACAGCUUCUCUCCCAGCUACAGCCCAUAUGGCCGCUCUGACCUCGAAGACAAGGCCGCUCCCUUCUCUCUUCCUCUUUCCUCACGUGUAACUCCAGAUUCUCGUCUACCUGCUUCCUCAUCCUUCUCUCCGUCUUUCUCCCCCUCCGAUCCCGUGUUUUCUGCGAGGUCCUCGGCGAAUAGCACACCCGAUUCCGGGUUCAAGUUCCCCGACACGUAAAUAUAGCAUUUUUCCUAAGUCAUAACGUACGCCACCCUCGUCUUAACGUAUCCCAUCCACUUCCACAAAUUAUUUUGCUACAAAAAUCAUAAAAUUUAAAAUGAAAACAAAGGGUUCCCAUGUUAUUUUUGUUGUUGUUCACUAACGUUUGUAUUAAAUGUUUCAAAGUUCUUGAUAGGCAUUUCUUAAAAGAAUUAACGGCUAUGAAUCCUGGGUGUUAGACCGUAAUAAAUGGAUGGCAGAACCAGCAGGUGUCGCUAACAUUUCAAGUCCUCGGUGUUGGUAUCAUUAACUUAAGCAGUACCAUCACCACCAUUAACUUUUUUUUUUAUGUCAACACGACUUAACAUUCGACAUUUUAACUGAGUAAUAACUUUAAAUCUAUGCAACAACUUUUAAACGUUUAAUAAAGCUUCAUGGACAACACACAAGACAAUAAGAACAUCAGACAUUUUUGUAUAUUUAUUACGUCGCAUUAGGUUAGGCAAGAUUUGUCAGGAAUGAGGACAAUUAUUUCCUGACGUGGGUCUUAGUCAUAUGAUGACCCGCCGCUGGAACUUUUGGCCAUCUGACGAGGAUCUUACCCUGGCUUACCGGUACACCCCUUUAAAAUUUAAUCCUUAAUUACGUCGAGUUUUUCGUAAACAUUUGUUCUGGUAUCAUGUCACCAGAAUCUCAGCAGUGAAAUGAUAGUUAUGUCAUCACUUAUAUUAAUUUGUAUAAUAUUUAGCAAUAGCAGGAUAGAGCCUGUAAUAUUUUUAAUGUGUUUGUAUUUUGUUAGUGCGCUUUUCCUCGUAUUUAUGUAUUAAAUUAUUAAGAUAUAGAUGCACUGUAGAAGAGCCAAUCGUAGAAUUAGAAAAUGCACCGUAGUUCCCACACCCAGCUGACUCUGCUUUGGUUAUACCAGUAGUUUAUUAUUGUUGUUAUUAAGAUAACAUUAAGAUUUGUAAUUGUAAAUAUCGAUGUCAUUUUGCUAUUUACAUAUCGCAUAUGAAUAAAAUAUAACAUUGAUAUACGGUAUAAUAUAGCGUGUAGUUUUUUAUAAAUAAAAUUUUGCAGUUAAAAGUACAUAGUGUUCAAGCCAAUCCGUGUUGUAGCGAUAAUGUCAUGUAAAGGGGAUUCCCUGCUAUAGUGGAGGCUUCUUGCUGUAUUAAAACAUAGCUGUAGUCAGCAAAAUCCAAGAUUAGAAACCCACAACUGUAGAAGCGUGUGUGUCUCACAAGGUAUCGUCGAAGAAUGUAGAGAAGAAUUCUGGUCUCUCCGAAGACGACGAAGCUGCUCCACGCUUCCUCGGACCCUUUUUUAGCAACCUACCUAUCGACAUCACUCACAGUAGCAACCCAUCCUUGUUCCUUACACAUUCCCUACCCUCCACCCGUCUUUGCAUCGUGGGGGUCCCCUCCAAAUGCCUCCUCGUAUAGGUUCCUCUUCGCUUUCCUCCCUUCCCCUGGGAUCUCU